AUGAGUACUAGUGGUGACCAUGAGCCCGAUUCCGAUAUCUCCGACUACGAUUAUACCGAGUGGGUGGCGUGCAUCCAUGAUGGACCACGAGACGAACAAGCGGCGAGUCCAAUGGUACAAGGACCUCAACCUUGGCAGUGUCAGUGUUUGGCCGUCGACCUACAGGCCGAGGGCAAGGGCAUCACAGGAUCAGGCCUCGACAUUGGAGCCACGGACCUGUCACACAAGUGCGACCUCCAGAACUAUGAUGAUCUCGAUGAUGUGAUCAGGGACGCCGAAAAGUCGGGGGGAAAGCCGCGUCUGGCUACAUAUGACGUUUUCGGCUUUGACCGCGACUACAUGCAGAAGACGCUGGGAGAACGUCUUCGGGCAAUGACGCUCGACGGCGAGCAGCGGAUUGCCGACUUCUUUGACUGCUACUACACCGAGGGCGAGCCUGGCGACCGCAAGGACGCCAGCAAGUACGACUGCAAGGAUCCGCCCAAUGAGUACAUGCAGUCAUACUCGUUCCUCUGGGAGCUCCGCGACCGUGACGGCUUCAACAAGUAG